AUGACAACCUCUUCGGCGCGGCUCAAGAUCGCUGUCGUCGGCUGCGGCCACGGCAAGCUAGACACCAUAUAUGCCACAGCAGAGGCCCAGUGCCGCCAAAAGGGCUGGUCCAUCGCCGACCUUGACCUGCUGCUCAUCUGCGGCGACUUCCAGGCCGUACGCAAUGCCCAAGAUCUCAACUGCAUGUCGGUUCCACGCAAGUAUCGCGAGCUGGGCGACUUCCACAAGUACUACUCUGGCGCCGCCGUCGCGCCCGUCCUCACGCUCGUCAUCGGCGGCAACCACGAGGCAUCCAACUACCUGUUCGAGCUCUAUCACGGUGGGUGGCUCGCGCCCAAGAUAUACUAUCUCGGCGCCGCGGGAGUUGUCCGGUACGGGCCUCUGCGUGUGGCCGGUCUGUCGGGAAUAUACCAGCGAAAGGACUACCGCGGCCCUCACCACGAGCGCCUCCCGUAUGAGCGCGACGACAUCAAGAGCGUAUACCACGUCAGAGAAUACGACGUGGAAAAGCUCCUCCGACUAGAGAGCGGCGUCGACAUCGCCAUGAGCCACGACUGGCCGUCUUGGGUCGAGUUGUUUGGUGACUACAAGAGCCUGUUCGCGAGCCAUCCGCACUUCCUGGAAAGCGCCAGCAAGGAUGGCUUGGGGAGCUUCCCGGCCACGGAACUGCUGAAUCAUCUCCGCCCUGCCCACUGGUUCUCAGCUCACAUGCACCAUCGCUUUACCGCAACGAUACAGCAUACGGCGGAGCGUAUUGAGGACACCGUGCGGGCUCUGCCAGUAAUGGCUUCCACUCGGGGAAAGCUGCCGGUCUUCAAGUCCCAUCGCAAAUACUUUGUCUCAGGCACGAAGCCUGCUGGUGCAAGACAGACGACCAAGUUUCUCGCUCUAGACAAGUUCAAGGAGGGUCGCCCGACAACAAACUUUUUGAACGUGCUGGAGAUUGACGUGCCUCUCCGUGCAGAGGACGGUCCGUAUUCAGUGAAGCAGGCGGGGAGCGACAAGUUCCAACUGUGCUACGACGAAGAGUGGCUCGCCAUCACCAGGGCGUACAAUGAUGCUCUCCGCGUCCAGGACACAGAAACCCUCGUCGUUCCACCGGACAAGGGCAAGGGCAAAAGACCGUCUGCAGGUAGCGUCGCCCGGCACAGAGAGUGGGUUCGGUGCAACAUUGUAGAAAAGGGGCUUCUGGAAGUGCCUCGACGGUUCGCAGUGCACGCGCCUGUCCACGACUCGGCGACGGAGGAGACGGCUGAGAUGCCGCCCGAGUAUCCGAAUGUGCAAACGGCGCGGUUCGCCGCACUUUUGAAGAUGGAGAAUCGGUUUGCACCGAGUAGCAAGACUUCUGAUGGUGGGGACUCGUUAUUCGAGACAGGUGGACAAUAA